AUGGUUGCGCUGAGUGUGCUCACCAUGGCAGCUCCCACGGUGAUGGGUAUGAAACUCGGGCCCGCGCCGUCGCCCGACCUGCGCUACGUCUCGCCGCCAGCCUCGGACGCUGCCAACGCAAUCGCUCGCCCCGCGAUUUAUCCGGUGACUCUCUUCCCCGAGAUUGCGCCGCACAAGGAGGGCAUGCUCGACGUCGGCGACGGCCACAAGCUUUACUAUGACGUGUCUGGCAACCCGGACGGCGUUCCAGCCAUUUUUCUGCACGGUGGCCCGGGCGCUGGCUGCUCUCCGCGCUGCCGCCGCUUUUUCGACCCGCAGCAUUACCGGAUCGUCAUUCUCGACCAGCGAGGCUCGGGCAAAUCGACUCCCAACGCGGCUGACGACCUCGAGGGCUCGCUGGUGGAGAACAACACGCCGGCGCUGGUGAGCGACAUCGAGGCGCUGCGAUCGCACCUCGGAAUUGAGAAGCGCACCCGGACCGCUGCGAGGCGCUGCUGCUGCGCGGCGCCUCUCUGGCUGGCCCCGCCGCUGCCUAGUACGAGCGGGGGCGUCUUCCUGUUCGGCCCCGACGAGGCGUGGGAGGAGUACAGGCGCUUCAUCAGCGAGACGUCCGACGACUGGGCGCGCGAGUCGACCAACCUGCUCGGUGCGGUGCCCGUAGAUGCGGAGGCCGCACCCCCUCGCCUCAGAGCAGCCACACGGCAGCGGCACCCCCCGUACGAGCUCUCCAUCAGCAAGACGUUCAUCGACCCGGCCGUGCUGGCAGAGUACCUGGGCACGCCCUCCAUCCUCAUCCCCUUCGCGGUGCACUAUAUGCUGCACGGCGGCUUCCUCCGCCGCGGGCAGCUCCUCGACGGCGUCGGAGUCAUGGCGGCGCACGGCCACCGCGUCGCCAUCGCCCACGGGCGCGGCGACUACGUGUGCCAGCCGCAGGCGGCCUGGAGGCUGAGCGAGGCGCUGCGCGCGGCGGGCUGCGCGGACGUCGAGCUCGAGUUCGUCGCCGGCGCUGGACACAGCGACUCGGAGCCGGGCUUAGUCGACGCGAUGGUGCGCGCGACGGAGCGCUUCAAGGCGGUGCUGCAGGCCUGA